GUUUGAAUUCUACAUUGCUCAAAUGGCAAAAGUAUCAACACCUGACAUGGAUGAUGAUUUUAAUGAAAUUUAUAAAGAAUAUACUGGUCCACCUGUAUUAGCUGGCACCACUGCACAAGAUAAAGCAAAAGGAAACAAAAGGUCCCAUGCAAGUUCUGAUGAUGAAGAGGAGCAUCGUGACCCAAAUGCUGUCCCAACUGAUUUUACUAGCCGAGAGGCAAAGGUAUGGGAAGCUAAAUCAAAAGCAACAGAGAGGAACUGGAAGAAACGGAAGGAAGAAGAAAUGAUCUGCAAAAUAUGUGGAGAAUCAGGUCACUUUACUCAGGGUUGCCCUACCACUCUUGGAGCCAAUCGCAAGUCUCAAGAUUUCUUUGAAAGGGUCCCUGCUAGAGAAAAACAUGUAAAAGCACUUUUCACAGAGAAAGUGAUCCAGAAGAUUGAAAAGGAUAUUGGAUGCAAAAUUAAAAUGGAGGAGAAGUUUAUCAUUGUUAGUGGUAAAGAUAGGCUAUGCUUGGCAAAAGGUGUGGAUGCUGUGCACAAAGUGAUUAAGGAAGAGGGCAAGAAAAGGGGUUCUUCUAGUUCUCAAAGAAUUAGAUCCAGGUCACCUGAGGAAAGCCCUGUUCCCUUGCGGACGGGUCGUUCGGAGUCACAAAGGUCUUUUCCUAGUCCGCGUAAUGCAUCACAAUUCCAACAGAAGUUUGGUAGACAGGAAAAGGUUGUGGAAGACCGUGUUCGUGAGGAUCUGAAAAUGUUGUCAAGGGGCUCACCACAAGCAAGAGCUAAUGGCAAUGAUGGAGCUAGAAGCCGUUCAAGCCAUUCGAAAUCGCCGAGGCGCUCCACAUUUGCCAUUGAUGCAUUAAAUUCAUAUGAUGGUCAUACUCAGAGCACAGGGGUCCAUAAAAACGAUGGAUGGGAUUCUCAGAGACGACCUGACAUGCACUCUGGCCAUAAGUUUGAAUAUCCUACCCAUCCUCAGACAUUGGAAGAAUUAGAAUUGGAAUAUAAGAGAGAGGCAAUGGAACUUGGAAGAAUUCGUGACAAGGAAGAAGAUGAAGAGAAUUACAAGCAUCGUGAGGCAAUCAGGGAAAUGCGAGAGAACUACAUGAAGAAACUGGCUAUCUUAAGGGGCAUGCAUGCAAAGCAGUGGGAAGAGUUUCUUCAACUUGAUAUCCAACGGCAAAGGGCACGGCAGCAUAUGUCCGCUUCGGGCUUUGGUGGUUACAACCACCCCAGUUACUCUGACUAUAGCCGCUCGUCAGGCAAUCCUUCCUUUGCAGGGGCUAAUUUACCUAUGGAUUCAAGGGGCAGGUACCCAUAUCCAGUUGAAAAUUAUCCUACUUCAAAGCCUCAUGAUGCCUAUGGUGAGUUCCAACGGCAGAGGCAUGAGGAUUUUGGGAAAGCAUUCAACUGAUAUUAAUCUGAAUGGGAGGGAUGGAAUUUGGACCCUGCAUGGGCAGGACCAGCACUGGGUAAUGUCCCAUUUUUAAUGGGGAACGUUGCAUAUGAAGUGAGGCAACAUCCUGGAUAUUGCAGAGUUCGUUCUUAUUCUGCUUUCAGCCUAAAUUUUUAUUCCGAAAUUUUCAGGGCUCAAAUGUUGGUCGGCUACGGGGUCUGCUGGAUUUUUGGACUCUAGGUAAGUACCCUGGUUCUUAUUUUUGGUAACAUGGAUCCUUACUUCAUGGUACUUUAGAAGGUGACAAUGGUUUAUGUUUUUUAGCUUGUGACUUUAUUUUUAGCUAGUGCUGCUUUACCGGAGACUUUUUCCUUGUAAACAAAAAGUGAGAUGUGGUUUUGGAUUAUAAAUUAAAAGUGAUGUACCCUUU